UAAUAACACUCCCUGGAUGAAGUGAUUUCCUGUCUCUCCAUGAAAUCCUCACCCUUUGAGCUGGGUGUCUUUGCUGGACCCUUUGUGAACAGAGGGAUGGAGGGUCAGAUUCCAAGGCUAGGGAGAGCAGGGAGCUGCUUCACAUCACCUUUCCACUGAGCAGAUCCUGUCUGGCUUCCUGAGCCGGGAAGUGCCCUGGAGGUGCCGUUGAAGGGGUUUUCCCACCGAAUUACACACAGAACCAAAGUUCUCUCUGGAUGACUUUCCCUUUCUAAUGGAGGACAGAUAUCCAGCAGCAAUAGAUAGAACUGCAACAAAACAGCUCCCUUUGCCCCCAGGAGCUGCCAUCCUGCUGUGUGGGAGCAGCCUCACGUGCUCAUGGAACACAAAGCAAGGCCCUCCUCACUGUACUGCCUGAUAUCCAGAAGGAAUGAUAAUGAUAAUUAUAAUGAUAGUGAUAAUGAUAAUGAUAGUGAUAAUGAUAAUGAUAAAAUGGUUCAAUUUAGGCUUUAUCAAAGAGGAGGGAGAGGGAGGACAGAGAAGGCCGUUUGAUCACUCAGUGCCCAUCAGCCAAGUCAUAACCUGAGGCAGGCACACGCUGGUUCAGGGAGAGGACAGGCUAUCCAGGGCUGGAAUUACCUGUCUUUCCGUGCCUCUGGGCAGUGGAGCUGGUCCUUGGGAAGAGCUGGGAGGGUAUAGGCACCUGGCUGGAUGCAGGACAGUGCUCAGGGCGCUCAGAGCUGAGUCUCCAUCCCAUAUUUACAUCUGAGGAGCUUUUGGCCCUGGGACGUGUUUGUUCAUGUGCUGGCAGGACAAGGAUCAGUGGCUUCCAACUGACAGAGAGCAGGUUUAGAUCAGAUAUUGGGAAGAAAAUCUUCCCUGUUAGGGUGGGGAGGCCCUGGCACAGGUUGCCCAGAGGAGCUGUGACUGCCCCAUCCCUGCAAGUGUCCAAGGCCAGGUUGGACAGGGCUUGGAGCAACCUGGGCUAGUGGAAGGUGUCCCUGCCCAUGGCAGGGAGUGGAAAUUGGAUGGUCUUUGAUGUCCCUUCCAACCCAAACCGUUCUGUGAUGCUAUGACAACACUGGCAUUGGCACCUCCCAUAAUUUCUGAGAGCACUCAAAUAUUGAUAAAGCUGCCAGAAAUCCAUUAAAAGUAUCUCAGCAGGUGGGACAAAGCCAUAAAGAAAAAAUAUUUGUAACAAUUAUUACACGUAUCAAGUGGUGCCUGAUUUGUGCUUUAGGACAACCCACAUUGUAAAUCAGCUUUUGGGACUGGGGUGAGCUCAUCCUGGGCUGCAGGUAACUCUCUGCAAUACAGCCAUAAAAACUCUGCGUGUCCCCGGAAAUCUCUCGGGGCAGGAGCUGCUGCCCCAGUGACCUCCCGCACGCCCAGGGCCUGGCUCGCUUCCCAGCACGGGCUGGGAUGUGAUAAAACAAGCUGGAUCUGCUCCCCGGCUCCCUGAACUCUGUCCCUGCUGCCACAGCCGGGACUAUUUGCAUGUUAGAAGCAGGGGGAAAGAUAAAAGUUAUAAGGCACCCGGUAGUUUGCCAAACUACGGAAUUUCUGCGGGGCGGGGCGGAGGAGGAGGCGCGGGAACGCCUGUGCCCUGCCUCCUGCUCCAGGGUAUUUAACCUGGGGAGUCCUGGCUGCAGCCACAGCUCUGCCAUCUCCAGCACAGCACACAUCUCUCCGGGACACAUCCCUCCAGGGCACAACACUCCAGGACAUUCCUCCAGCUCCCAUCCCUCCAGGAUAUCCCUGCAGGACACAUCCCUCCGGGGUGCAUCCCUCCAGCUGCCAUCCCUCCAGCUGCCAUCCCUCCAGGACACAUCCCUCCAUCUGCCAGUGAGGGAGGAGCAGGCGUGGGGAAGAUGAGCUGCAGCAGGUACCCCGUGGAUGUGAAGGCUGUUGGCUUCAUGCAAUGCAGAAAGCAGAAGAACUACAUGAUGUUUGUGACUUGGUCAGACCAGAACAACAUUCUCAUCUACCGGACAUUUGAAGACUUUAAGAAAUUCCAUAAAGAGCUGAAGAGAAAAUUCCCCAUGGAGAGUGGCUCCCUCAGGAGUUUACCCAGGUUUAAAGGUGUGAUUAUGCAGCACAGGAAGGGUGGGAAGCUGAACAGGUGCCUGGAGAUCCUGAAACUGCUGGAAACCUACUCCCAGGAGCUGCUGAAAAUGGACGCGAGAAUCUCCCAGGGGGGAGACGUGAAUCAGUUUUUCAAGGCACAGACCCAGGACCUCGACCCCUCCUUCCCUGAAAACAGUGUUGUGAUCAUGCCAUCAGAAUUUAGAAGGGAAAAGAAGCAGCAGCCCAUCUCCAUCACCCUUCCCCAGGCGUCCCAGAGCUACCGCUGCAUCGAGAGCUUUGAAACCAAGGACACCAAGAACAGGACGUUCACAGUGGCUCAGAAGGAAAUUGUUGAAGUGUUAAUCAAGGACAUGACUGGGUGGUGGCUGGUGGAAAAUGCAGACAAGCAGAUUGCCUGGUUCCCAGCCUCGUACUUGGAAGAGCUUGAUGUCCACGAGGACAUCCAGAACACCUUUAGCUCAAAUGAGGAGGGCAGCCUGUACUUCGUGGUGCAGCCCUACGAGGCGCGGAAGGCGGAUGAGCUCUCUCUGCACAGCGGGGUGGUCGUGGAGGUGCUCAGGAGCUCUGACAACGGCUGGUGGCUCAUCCGGUACAAUGGGAGCACGGGCUACAUGCCCUCCAUGUGCCUCCGGCCCUACAAGAAUCCUCACCACAAGCUGCAGACCAUCAUCAACUCCGGGCUCAACGUCUCCACCCCGAACCUCUGCUCCUCCCUGUCGGCCCCCCAGCCCCGGGGGCAGGCCGUGGCACAGCCCAGGGCACAGCCUGGCUCUUCCUUCAACCUGAAUGAAGAUGGGAGCUCUCAGAGGAGCAGAUCCAGGCCUCUGCCCAGGGCCAGCUCCACCUCAGACCUGGAGUCAGAGAGCUCGUCCCUGAGCUCGGGCAGCAGCAGUGAGCAGGGCGCCCGGCUGAGCUGGAAGCCCGACCUGUCCCGCUCUCUGCCCGAAGUGGAGCAGAACAGGAGCUCCCCUGCCCUGGCCACGCACGGCACCAAGUCCCCACGCCUCACCCCCAGGGACAGGAACGACUCUGGCUUCGUGGAGUCGUCUGCAGCCGACCUGAGCUCGCCCCUGCCCGACCCCGACCUGGCCACGAGUGUCCCCAAGGUGCCAGCACGGCCCUCGGCCCACGAGAUCCUGCAGAGGUGCAGCACCGUCACCAAACGGGCCCUGCAGGGACACAGCCCACGGCCAGGCCUGCAGCCACUGCUGCCCAGCCUGCACUAGAGCAGGGACAGGGGACAGUGACACAGCCCAGGCACUGCUGCCCAGCCUGCACUACAGCAGGGACAGGACACAGCCCGGGCAGAGCCAGGCACCCCUCACCAGAGCCCCAUGGGAACAUCAGCCCUUGGACUGUGGCUUCCCAAGGACACCACUGGAUCCCAAGGAAUACACCCACUAACAUCCAUCCCCUCCUUGGGCAGCACCAAUUCCUGCUGCGGCUUCACAGGGAGACUGGGAGCCAGAAGGGAGUUACUGGGAAAGGAUUAAGUGGUUUAACUCCUCAGGGGAGUCAGGGCAGCUGUGGUCCAGCAGCUCCUAAGUUAGAGGUCACUUGGAAUUCAGUAAGUUCUCCCUCAGGCAGCUGUUCAUUCUCCCAUGCAGGAUGUGAGCAGUUGAACAUUUCACAGUCACUGUUGCAUUAUUCCCCACACCAGGUGAGCUGCAGCCACCCCAGAGGGCAGAGAAGUGGCACCAGAGUGACUCAGAGUCACCAAUGGCAGCCAAAGCUGCAGUUACUGGAUUGUGGGAGGGAUGGGAUGAUGCAGCUGUGAUGUCACUUACCUGAACCCCAUAUUUAAUGUAUAUAUUUAAACUGUUUAGGUUUUGGUGUUGGUUUGGGGUUUGUUUUUUUACAGCUUAGAUCAAGUUAGGUAGUGCAGAGGCCAUCAGAUGGAUUGGCUGCAUGGCUGAAUGGCUGUGACAACAAAAAACCUGUUGGGGAGGAACCUCAUCCCUGGCUGUUCCCUCCAGCCAUGGCUGUGCAGACACAGGAGCACAAACAGGGCUGGCACAGCUUGUGUCCCACCUGGGGACAGGGACAGAGGUCACUUUUAUGGACAAAACAUUCCCCUUCCAAGGGAGUCUGGCAGUUACUGAAACUCCCAGCAAUUCUCAUCCUAAACUCGUUGCUAGAUUUGUUAGGUGAAUAGUUCUAGGAAAAUUAAGGCUUUUCUAUAUGUUGCUGGCUUUGAUUGUAGUUAUUCUCCCUGUUAAUGUUUUUUAGAAACAACUUGUGAGAUGUUUGUGUCGUUCCGAAUUUUAUACAUUUUUGUCUUUGAAAUAAAAUACAUGUAA